AUGAAGCACAUUAUUGGAGAUCUUAAUUCUGAUCUGUUACCUGAUUAUGCAGAAGCAAGAAAUAUUAUCAAUGAAAAUUUUCUUUUGUUUGCACUCAAAAAUGCGACAAACAUAUUUCGGAUCUUGUUCUUAUCCUUAACAAGAAAUUCGACAUCAAUACAACAAGCGACGUCAACUGCCGGUGAUGAAUGA